AUGCCUAGCUGGGAAGGUGUAGCGACUUACAUUGAGGAUAUGCCACAUGCUACUGCAUUUUCCUCGCUCAGAGGGAACCAGGAGAUAAAAUCGUUCAGAGUGUAUCUUGAUCGAUUGGUUGCCGAGGACAUGCACUUCAAUAACUAUGUCGAUCACCGUGAGACGCGACCAUUUGAUGAUAUAGUUCUGUACUCGAGAUGGUUGGCUUGCAUAUCACGUCUCGCUGCUCCUCAUCUGCCAGAGCGCAUGAUGUGGCAGUUCGGAUACACUCAGACCAUUCCCAAACACCUUGUUGUCUCUGCUCCCCUUGCUUUGACACGUAGACAGAUGGAUGCCAUGUUCGAUGAUUAUGAGAGUCAUCUGGUACCGGAGGAGACACAUAGUACCAUGACUGAGAGCGACCGGAGCUACGUCGACAAGUACAUCAGAUGGUUCUUCAGGGUGUCACAUUCGUAUAUGGUGCAGGCUUCUCUAGGAGAUCCAUUGAGGCCAACUCAUCAGGAGAUACUAGAGGAGAAACAUGCACAAUUAGAUAAUGCUGAGGUUAUCUUGCCUAGACGUCAUUGCAUAAUGGAGAUGCGUAGACAUGCAUUGACAUAG